GCACCUGCCAUUUGUCAUGAGAAGAAAGUUUUAACGUGACACAUUUGACACUGGAAACUAGUCGGAAAUUACCAUAAACCAACCCUAAUUUCACUUCAUUCUCUUCUCAACUCUCAAUCCCACAAUUUCCCUCUAAUCUUCAACAACCCCCCACUGCCCACCUUAAUUUGCCAUCGAUUCAUUCAGCAAUGGCGAAUUGGAUCCUCGGACCUGUUAUCUCUGUUAUUGCAGCUGUGUUAUUGGUCACAUCGACGGUCGCUACCUCCGAUGGCCCUUUCAUUGUCGCCCAUAAGAAGGCUUCCCUCACCAGACUCAAAGCCGGCUCCGAACGUGUUUCCGUCUCCAUUGAUGUCUAUAAUCAAGGAUCCGCGACUGCGUAUGAUGUGACACUUACUGAUGAUAGCUGGUCCCAAGACAUAUUCAGUGUUGCCUCGGGUAACACUUCAGUUUCAUGGGAAAGGCUUGAUGCUGGUGCCGUCGUGUCACAUUCCUUUGAGUUGGAGGCCAAAACAAAAACUAUUUUCUAUGGAGCACCAGCAGUUAUUACAUUCCGCAUUCCUACGAAAGCUGCCUUACAGGCGGCAUACUCAACUGCAAUCCCACCUCUCGAUGUCUUAGGCGAUAGGCCUCCUGUGAAGAAGUUUGAUUGGGCUAAGAAACUGUUGGCAAAAUACGGAUCUCUUGUCUCAGUGACAACUGGUGUGGCUUUGUUUGUGUACCUGGUUGCAACUCCAUCGAAAUCGGGUGCUGGAAAGGGAAGCAAGAAGAAGCGUUAAUUAAUGACUGCAUUGAAUAGAACCCCGUCCGCUUUCUUGUAACCAGUCAUACAUACCAGGUUAUGUUUUGUCAGUGCAGCGUUACACUUGUAGUGAAGAAAGAGCUCAUCACUGGACAUUAGCCAUGACUUAGUAGUCUGUCUGCCCUUCUUUUUUGAAACUAAUAUCAUUUCUGUUUUUUUGCUGCUUAUCCAUAAAGAUUCUUAAUCCGGUGGUGAUUUAUACUUUUGUUGACUGAGCUAUGUUAC